AUGACUGAUCUUGUAGUUUUUGAAAAUCACGAUGUAUUCUUGGAGCAUGCCAUACACGCCUCUAUUCCUGCAGCGAUUGACACUUUAGAGCAGUUCCUGCAGUUUGUGUCUGCACGCAUAGCCUCCUGCUCUGGUGAUAUCACGGCAUCUGGUCGUUAUCGCUUUGUUUACUCGUUGACAGGGAAACCACUAUGGCGAGUGGCAGACUGCCGGUCAGCCGGGAAUGUUGUGGUGAGUUGCACACCGGGAUUCCUGCGCCGGAAACAGUCCUGUGAGGCUGCUGCUGCUGUGGCUUCUUCUUCUUCUUCUGUUUAUUUAUAUUCACAAGUACAACAGAAGCGGGAAGAGCCAUAUUCACAGUGUAAACAAUCUCCAAGUAACAGUUCUCCUUUUACCUCAAAGGAAGUAGUCGUUGAUAGGCCUUCAAGAAACCUUACUGGUUCUGCUGCUGCUGCUGCGACUGUUUCUCAGUCUCAUGAUUUAGAUAAACAUAACAGAGCACCUUCUCAGCGAGGGAUACCUUCAUAUGAAAGGAAUUCACCUAAAAGGGUAAAAUUUGUGAAUCAUCAUAGUCUACAUAACGAAGAAUCACCUACUGUUAACAAGGAUGUAGAUGUGGAUGUGAAUCAUACUACCUUCACUGUUGCGGGUAAACGUGUUAAGCUACCGAACACUCCUCGUUUUGUUUCUCCACCAUUCCUUGGAGCUGCAGGAGAAAUGUCACAUUCUGAUAGAGUCAGUACAGUACAAACACUCCUUUCAUUGAAAUUGAUUGGAGGUUCAUUUGUAGAAGAAAAAUUGCUCUUUAGAAAAGAAUUAAACUCAUCUCUGGAGUCUGUUAUUGGAAAGAGAAUGACUAGACGAAUAAAACAAGAAGAGAAACUUCGGGUGGUUGUGGAAGGUCCACCACGGAGUGGGGUAACAACAACAUUGGCUUAUUGUAGUUAUUUGGCAGCAUCUAUGGUAGAAGGACCCUAUUGUGGUUCUCUAUUUUUGCCGCUGAACUUUGAACUACUUUUUGACGCUGCGUGGGUUUCAACGGAUAAGACGAUGAAAAAGUUAAAUGGAAAUAAAUUGGAAACUAACAGUACAGAGGAGCAGAAACUUAUGCUAGAUAUUCCUUUUUUCUUUCUGACAAUAGUGCGACAUGUAAUAGACUGUGCUGUUAGUCAACGUCCUUCGUUGCGUAAAGGCAGUGGAGUGCUUAUUGAAGCAUGGGAAGAACUCGUGUUAAGAGAAAGUACAAAGAGAAAUAAAAAUAUAAAUGGUAUUUUACGAUUUAGUAACGCAGCGUUGGCAGAAUUAGUAGGACACCAGGCGGUCUAUCAAUGGGAAGCUUUUGCAGCUGGUGCUUCAGAAAUAUUAUAUGCGGCACGAAAUGCACCCCAUAAUAUGGAAUUACGGGAUAUUCUUAUUGAAACUGUAUUAGUUAGAUUUGUAGCCCAAAUGGCAUCAGGACUUCAUUUUUCUAAUGUCGUAUUUGUAAUUGAUGGAUUGCGAUAUGCGGCCAGAGUGUUGCAACACCGUGUACAUCGUCCAUUAGGAGAUGCCGGUGUCUUUCUUCGCUCUCUUACACACUCUCAAUGGGCACAUGUUAUGAUUGGAAUUGAUACACUCGCACUUCCAUCUUAUCAUAUGCUCUUUCCUGCCAAGCUGCGGCGUGUACGGCUUUUGCAUAUGAUUUCUCCAGAUGUGCUUAUAACACAAUACAAUUAUCCUUCAUUUAUUUACUGUAAAAAUAAAAGUUUUCCACUGCAGUUGUUGUUAGGAGCACCAGGAUAUCUUCGUGUGUUAGAUGCCUUGUUGAGAGUCUAUGCUCCACCUGUACGGGAAGGCUUCUCAGAGACACGUUAUGCACUUCGAGUGGACGACAGUGACGUUUUUGAUGCUUUGCAGGAUCUCACAUCUGUACUUUGUAAAUAG